AUCGAAAUAUCUUCCACCUCUAAAGGUUCACGGCUUGUUUUUAUUUUUCUUUUGCAUUACAAUACAUUCAUAGAAACCUAUCAAAGCUUUUAAAAGUAAACUAAAGGACUCAAGGAUGUCAAUGACGGUGGACAGCAAUAAGUCCUUGCUGAGAAAGGGCGAUAUGAAGCUGGAUAACUAUCCAACUUGUGCUGUGGAGGCACUUACUCGACUGGAAACAUUGAUUGCCAGCCGAAACAAGCAGAACAUGGUAAUGCAAAUCAUAUCGGAGUUUAUAUUCCUGGAGAGAACCUCGAAGGAUGGCGAUGUGAGAAAGUCGCAGGCGCUGCCUAUUAGCCAGAUGAAUCUCUUCCAGGAGUUUCAGCUCAUCAUUGCGCUGAUUGAGUACUUUUCGCGGCCAGGAAGGGAUGCCACCCGCAACGCCAUAUUCCUGUCGCUAUUUGGAAGCCACUUGACACCGCAGCGAUCCAAGUUGUUAUCCCGCCUAAUCAGCACAGCAGUUUCCGGGUCUGUGGCUCCGCUGCUCUCCUCUGCUGGUACUUGGAUGCAACAGGUGGGGUGCAAGACGCCACUCAGCCUGGAAGUGGCCCAGAAUAUAGUCAGCGACUUUAUUUCUUACUCCCGGAAAACCCCGGAGCAACUCAAGCAGCUGCCCAUGGUGGGUCCGCACUUUGCGGCGAACUUUAUGGUCGCCGUGGCGGAUCUAUACCUCAAUGAGCAGCGUUCGCAGACGCUGAAUCCCCCGCCAGAUGCUCUGCUUGACACCAUAACCGAAUGGAUGACAGAGAACCCCACUUUGUGUCAGGCCUCGCAGCAGCCUUUGGUCUUGCCCGCCGGUGCCAUAGCCAUGCCCUUUACCACUCCCUUAGCAGGCCUGCUUCGAUGGGUGGUCUUGGCUCCUUUGGUUUCCAACCGUUCUGCCUAUAGCAAUUUGCAUCUAUCCCUCCUGCGUGCUCUGCAACAGCUUGUUAGCAGUGGAGAAUCGACAGCACUGCCCAGCCAAGACCUUAUGCAGAUCGUAAAAUCCCUGCAGAGCUACUGCGCACGGCUGGCGGAAUCAAAAACGGAUCCCAAGGCGGAUGCUGCGUAUCAGAAGUGCAUGGAACGCUUCGCCCAAGCUGUGCAAAUCGCCCUAAGCUCCAACUGCAUCACUAAUCAGAUCCAGUUGCUUUGCCUCUUGGAAUCUUUACCUCCACACAAACUGAUGAAAAUCGUAGUGGAAGCUCACAAAAAAUAGUCGAACAUCAAACACUAUAAAUGUCAGUCGGUUCAUGCGAUGUUUUUGCAUGUUUGACUUCUGCAUUCAAUUGUUUGAGUAAUUAGUUAUUAAAAAUAGAUUUAAAGCGUUGUAAAAGAAAUUGAGUAAUCGACAGGUCUUUGAAGCUCAAAAA